AAGCUUUUACAAAUAAUAAAUUAGUUAUUAUUUAAAAAUUAACUAUAAUAAUUAAUACAGUGUUUAUACAUUUCAUAUCAUUGUAAGCAAAUAGAUAUUUUAGACUAAAAUAUUAGAUAAACGUAUUUUGAAGUAAAGAAUUGUUUUCUAUUUACGGUAAGGUAAGAAAUUAUGAGAUUUAAUGCUUAGCGUUAAAAACAAAGAACAUCGUUCUGUAAUUGUUAAUAAUUUAGCAAUGCACCAGUUGCAUUAAUGCGCACCUAUGCGAAGUGCAUUAUUGUCUUAACGAUAUUUACAAUAUUGGUAAUUCUGUACUUCAACCCAAAGACUAGAAUUAAUGUCAAAUCGAAAGCAUUAUCUUCCAUUAAUGCAGCAGCCGAUAAGACAGAGCCAAAGGUUAGCAUUUGGAUAUCGGUGACGAAAAUUGCCCAUGGACACUUGUUGACCAAGUUUCGCAGAUUUUUCAAAUCUUUAGUCAAUCAGCGUGGCAAAUGUCAAGCUGUUUUUGAAUUAAAUGUGAUAACAGAUAAUACUAGUCGUCCAACAGUGGACAGUGUAAUAUAUGAGUUUAGAAAACAGUACAAAGAGGCUCUUCUGAUGUUGGUUUAUUAUGACUUUCAAGAUGUAUUGAAAAUAGUUGAGAAUAAAAUUGAACCGUUGAAACGGUUUUUCCAAUCAUCCAAAGGGUCUUACUAUAGUGAUGAUGUCUUUUAUUUGUCUCCGGCUUUGCAUCUGGUUGCACCAAGUUCUUUGAAAAAGGCUAUUAUUGUUGAUGUUGACACAGAAUUUCAAUCAAGCAUUUGUGAUCUUAAUAGUAUAUUUAACAAUUUUACUAAGACACAAUUAUUUGGAUUGGCCCCAGAAAUGUCUCCUGUUUAUCAUCAUAUCCUAUGGAAAUGGAGGAACUAUAAAGGAGAUAAGUACAAAACUCAGAAACACAGCAACUUCAAUGGCUUGAAUAGUGGGGUCAUAAUGUCAUAUUUAGAGCGAAUACGCAAGAGCACUGAAUAUAAUCGACUUAUCAGUCCUGAAUGGAUAUCUAGCGCCGUACAAAAAUAUUUGUUCAAAGGUCAUUUAGGCGACCAAGACUGGUAUACACUUGUAAGUUUUGAACGACCAGAGUUAAUUUACCGUUUGUCAUGUGGGUGGAAUCGUCAAUUAUGUACAUGGUGGAAACAACAUGGUUAUGCAGAAACAUUUGACUCGUUUGCAAAAUGUACUGAGAAAAUACAUUUAUAUCAUGGAAAUUGUGAUACACCUAUUCCACCGAAAUAACAAUUUCUAUGGAAUAAUAAUUAAAAAAAGACUACUAUUAUUUUUAAGUACCUAAUAUUUGUUAUAUAAUUGCUAAG